UCACCAUGUCUUGUCAAUGCCAAUUGGUUUGAGAAGGGAGCAUCUUCUCGAUUAAUGUAAACAUACGUCUAGUAGCAUUCUGUCAUGUGAUGUUUUGCCCUACACUUGGGUUUACUAUUCGGAUAUUUUAGCAGUAGUUGUUUCUCAAGAAUAAUUUUGGCUCAAGCUUAUCCACCAAACUUGCAUAAACAGUAUGGCUGCGUCAACCAGCGAGACCUCUUCGUUUGAUUCACAAAAGGCAUACGUCAAGAAGGGUACCGGUAGCUUUUUUGAUGAUGGUCGGGAGACCGAAUUGCUUCGAUUUGUAUACAAUCAUCCGUCUGUAUCUGAGAUUCGGGGAAAGCCAAAAGGAGUCCUGAAAGUCAUCGACGAAUACGCCCGAACCCAAAGAUAUCUGAUGAAUGUGGGGGAGGAUAAGGGCAAAAUUGUGACAAGGCUCAUCUCAGAAAGCCGGCCGACAGUCAUGGUUGAGUUAGGUGGCUAUGUGGGUUACUCUGCAAUUCUAUUUGGUGAAGCUUUGCGUGAAGCUGGAGGCAAGCGGUAUUUCAGCCUUGAGCGAGAUCCAGUGUUUGGUGCGGUGAUCUUGUCACUUGUCGACCUCGCGGGUUUGAGUGAUGUCGUCAAAGUUGUGGUUGGGCCGAGCGCUGAUUCGUUGCGGCGAUUGCAUUCGGAGCGUCGACUGCAACAUAUUGACCUGAUGUUUCUGGAUCAUUACAAACCUGCCUAUACGACUGAUCUCAAGCUGUGUGAGGAGCUUGGCCUCGUGAAACCUGGCUCGAUCCUAGCAGCCGACAACGUCAUCAAGCCGGGCAAUCCACCAUACCUGGAGUAUGUCCGUAGUACUGUUGAAGCAAAACUGGGCGCACUUCAAAGUGGCCAGACUAUGCAGAAUUUCAAUGCAGGGUUUGCAGAGAGGACAUCACAUCAAUAUUCGAACCGCGAAGGCAACGAAAAAUUUGACGAUUCAGUCAAAGGGAAUCCAAAGCUUGUUUACGAGAGUCGUCUUGUGCCAAGUUAUGAACCCACCGGAGAGCCUGAUGGCAUCGAGAUUACAAGGUGUAUAAGGGAGGAGAUAUAACAUUGUGUUGUAGAGUGAUAGUGGAAUAUCUAUUCAAAUCAUCAGAGAUUUAGAGUCGUCAGAAAUUGAAUGUUCUACCCCGGCCG